AUGACAUGCCUCAGCGAUGGGGGUCGGACGGCGAAAAGCGUGUCUUGCGUUACCAAAACUAACCAGGACGCAGGGUUGCGCGAUGUUCACGUGGUGGUGAGGCCCCCCACGGUAGUCAUCGUCUGUGGCGUUGUUGGUAUGCCGGGGAGCGCGUUCUCUGUGGAAUUCGACGAGAGCAGGUGCGUCGGCUUCCUGAAGCAGGCGAUCAGAGACGAGCACAAGUACCCGUUUCCUGGCUCCGCGCUGCGGCUCUUCUUGGCAAAGAAGGAUGACGGCAACUGGGUUACAGUGGCGGACAUUGAGAACGGCGCGGGUGACGCCGACACGAAGCACCUGAAAGAGCUUGAUAUUGUGGAAUCGCCGAUCAGCAGUGUGGGGCUGUCGGUCGAAGACGUAGGGCCCAAAGCUGGGUCUGGCGACGUUAACGUGUUGGUGAAGCUCCCCACGUCGUCGUCUAUCCGAGUCGAGAACUCCGCCCAGAGGCCUCUCUACAACGGAGUGGCUGGGAGACUCAAGGCGUCAGCGGAAGUGCAGAACCUGGUGGCAACUAUCAAGACAAUGCAGAAGGGAUCGGAGGGCUGUGACGCCUUGACGAUGCCCUUUGUCGUGCUGGAGAACUCGUCGGGCACUGGCAAGACGCAGAAGACCUUUAACCUCCAGGCCACGGGUGAGUGUGACGUCUUCUACAUGGUGUGCGUGAGCCUCGGGGACGUGCACCAAGACAUAUAUGGCGGCUUCAUCAGGAGAUCGGGAGGGUUUAGAAGUUGCAUCCGACAAGAUGCCAAGACACUGGGAGAAGGCUCGGUGGCGGACUUUAUCGCAUCUCCAAGGCUCUUUAUCUACAGCUUCGUUAUCGCCGCGCUUCACGGAUUGGACGUGGCGUCAGGGCUGGAAGCCACGAGAGAAGACGUGGAGCGUGCCCGCGACUACCGCCGAAGGAAGACGGACAAGCCUUUCGUAUUCUUCCUGGACGAAUUUCUCCGCGUGGGCAACUACGAAGGCGAGGAGAAGGAGGCGAGAAUGAAGCAGGAGAAGGAGGCGAGAAUGAAGCAGUGA